UGUUUGUUUGCGCUGCUUGCGCCAAGCGAGCGGAAACUGUGGAAACUAUCUAAGCUCUGUAGUGGCUAUUGUUUUUGUUGUUGAUAUGCACAGCCAGUAGCGUCUGAGCUGAUCCUGUGCCUGUGUGCCGGUGUGUGUGUGCGUGUGUAUCUGAAUUGGAUUGUGCAUCAGUGUUCUCAGCGUGCUGAGCGUGUUUCUGGCGUACCGGCCGCGAGGAUGUCCGCGAGCCGGUGCUAACAAGUGCUGCUGCACUGUCAGUGGCCACAGGAGGAAGGCUUUUAGCAUCCUACCUGUUUAGCUACUAUCAGAGAUAGAGAGAGAGAGCACGCGGUCGCGCGUAAACAAUCAGCCCAACCGAGAUCAUCGUCCCUUCCUCACGGCACAGAAGGCGAGCCCGCGCGAGAACCAUGACACUGGCCGGAGGAGUAGGACGACGGAAAGGACGGUGGCGAUGGCGAUGGCGAUGGCGAUCGCCGCACCUGUCGCUGCUGCUACUACCACUGAUGGCUACACUACUGCUAGCGACACGCGCGGCCGGCAGCCAGCAGCACGGCGGUGGCACGGUAGCGCUGGAGGAGCUACGGUGCGAGCGGAUUGCACUCGGUGCCUGCCAGAACCUCGAGUACAACAUGACGAUCGCUACGGCUGGCGGCCACCACGAUACGCUAUUCGGGGGCGAGCUGCUGCACCAGGCACACCAGGACAGCAAUGGUACCGCUAGGGUGCGAUGGGUCAAUGCAGAGCUCCUGAUCAGCUCGUUGCGUCCAAUCAUCCAGUCCGGUUGCUCGAAGCAGUCGCUCUUCCUAUUCUGCUCGUCCCUGUUUCCGCUCUGCUCACCGAAUGCACCGCGCCCGGUCUACCCGUGCCGGUCACUGUGCGAGCAGGUGCGGCGCGAUUGCUUCGCCGACCCGGUAAGCGCCAAGCUAUGGCCGGACUAUCUCGAUUGCCGCCUGCUGCCCCAACCGGAGAAGCACGAGCUGUGUAUGCAGGUCGGUUCGGCGGAUGCACCAGCCGGUGCUGCUGCUGGUGGUGGUGGUAUCUCGGCACACUCGGCAACCGUUUUGGCAUCAACGGAAGGCGCACAGCAGACGGCACAACUGGUGGUGCCGGUAGAGGGCGCCGCUGGUCAACCGACGGCCGCCAUCGUCGCCACCGGUUCGGCCAUCGUCAAUGGGUGGCCCCCGUUGAACCUGAGCUCGUUCCUGAAGCACCACAACAACCACAACCAUCAACCACUGCCAGCGGGAGGGGGCACGAAGAAGGCCGACGGUGCCGCCCAACCCUACCAGCCGCCCUGGUUUGGUGGUGGUGGUGGCGGUGGCGGUUCGUUCGUGUUACCAUCAGAGGAUGACCGGCGUACGACGGAACUGCUGCUGGAUCUGGUCGGUGGGCUGCCGGUGGAGCGCAGCGGCGCCACCAACAGUGCCGGUGGCGGUGGUGGCCUUGGGUGGCCACCAUGCCCGACCAACUACAGUCUCGAGUAUGACCGGUGCGUACCGCGGUGUGGCCCGGCGAUCGAUGCACUGUACAGCCGGACCCAGAAGGAUCUGGUCGAGUGGUGGACGCUUAUCCUGUCCGCCGGUUGCUUCAUCUUCACGCUGAUGUCACUGGUGACGUUCUGGGCACGGGCGAACGGUCGGCUGGACUACCCGGAUCGGCCAAUUCUGUUCAUGGUGCUCUGCUACAAUCUGCUCGGUUUGUGCUACCUCGAGCGUACCAUCCUACACCAGGGCGGUGACCAGCGGCUGCCGGAGGUGCGAACAGGUGUAAACGACGCAGUGGGAGGAGGAGGUCAUGCGGCGGUAGUGAACGGUGGGACGGGCGGUACGAGCACCCUCGACCUAGCACUCAUGCUGAUACCCUCCCCGACCGACGGUUCCUCGACCAUCGGUGGUGACGUAACGGCAGCCGCUGCGACGGCAACGGCUACGGUGGUCGACUGCACGAUCGCCAGCUCGCAGUGCCUGGCGUACUACAUCAUCAAGCACUACCUGCUGCUGAGUGCCAGCACCUGGUGGUUGAUCUUUGCCCUCUGCUGGUACCUCAGCACGGCCAAGCAGUGGUCGAGCGAGGCGCUCGAGCGCCGCUCCGGUCUGUUCCAUGUUCUCGCCUGGGUUGUACCGUUCGCCGUCCCGAUCGUGGCGCUACUCCGCGGUAACAUUCAGCGUUUCGAGCUAACCGGUUUCUGUACGGCGAUCGGGCUAGCCGAGGAGCUACCGGCAUUGGUGCUGCUGCUGAGCGGGGCGGUUCUGGUGCUGCUUGCACUGUGUGCGCUCGGCCGGUUACGCACCGGUUGGAACCAGCGUGCUCAUCUGUCGCGCGUUUUCGCUCACGUGCUGACGUUUGCCGUGUGCUACCUGGUACCGGCGGUCGGGGCCAUCGUCUGUCGGAUGCUGGAGCGUGUCGAGCACGAACUGGAACCGUGCCCGGUGGCCGGUCGGUGCCCUCGGACCGCUGGCUACUUCUCCACCCUACCGACGCUGCUCCGGCUCGCCCUUACCCUGCUCGGUGGUGGCUCGGUCGGCAUCUGGCUGUGGGUACGCCAAUCGACCGAUCUAAGCAGCAGUAGCAACAGCAGUGGCGGCGGUGACGGCGGCGGCGGCGGCAGUGGAGUAGCGAAAGGGGGGGGCUACGGUUACUGCUCACCGAUCAAUACCACCUCAGCUGCCACGGCCGAUCGGGCGAUUCGAAAGGUUGGCCCCGGAGGAACCGGAACGGGUACGGUGCGCACCACGUCUUCCCGCUGUUCCAACGCGGCACCAUCGUCGCGGGCAGCACGCGGUUCACAGCAGUCGGUCGCACGCACCGGUUACAUCGCCGGUGCACGAGCGGCAGCGGUGGCGGCGGCCGGCGCGACGACCGCUCCGUUCGCGAUGCAGCAGCACAGGGCUGGCCGCUCUGUGGAUGGUGCGGCUAAGACGCACAAAUACUGCUACGUGUAUCAACCUACAACGGUGACGCACGGCAUCCCCGACGAUCUCCAUACUGCGCGUCGAACGCAGCAGCAGCAGCAGCGACAAUCGCAGUCGCCCUCGGCGGCCGGCUACGUACCGGUGCGUACCGUUCGCCGUAGCUUCCGCCCCGUUGGGCCGCUCUCGAUGAUAACGAGAAUUUGAGGUUAGGAGAAGGAGGAAGCAGGAAGAGUUUAUUAGAGUAGAGUAAGGUCGAAGUCGGAGUACCGGUCCGGGAUGGAAACCGGGUAAUCAUGCCAGCGGUGGCCAGCUUUAACUAGUGGAUAGGUGUCGAUAGAAAGAGUGGAGUUAGUGGUAGUAGUAGUUUCGUAAGGUUAAAACCGAACACUCAUGUUAAACGUUAUGUUCCAUCUCUCGUUAGCUCGCUAAGACUUCCCUUUUGUUUAAGUGAAUAAAAUCCCAGAACAGAAAACAGACACGAUUGCGA